CUAACCCAAAAAAAGAGUUGACCUUUUGCGACCUCUCUUUGGCAUCUGUUACGUCAGUCUCGCGUAAACCGAUCGGAAAAGUUCUGCAAACUAUCGAUCUUCACGUAGGCAUGUACAUAUAUCAUCUUCGCCUUCAUGCAGCAUCCCAAUCUCAGCAUCUUUGUGUAGGUCGCAGAUUGGGCUGCCUUGUGUUUCCUUCAGGCAGCAGUCUCCGCUUGCGGUUAAUUAGGCCACUGCGUGCGCGCGCCGACGUCACGCUGUGCGCGUGCGACUGGAAACUGUGACGGGAGUCCGACGCCGGAUUCUUGCGCACACAGUCCGCGCACCACAGCUCAGCUCUAGCUCGCGAGAAUCAGGUCACGUGGGUCGAUACCGUGCGCAAGAGGACGUGGGGCUGAUCACGGACCUUCAUACCUGGAUGAGUGACUCUCCUUCGCUGCCUCUUUGCCCUAUCAUUGAAGUUCGAGGCUUGACAAAGAAGCCCACUCAUUUCCGUUUCCUAUUUCAAAAUGGCCGAUCUCCCCAUCAUCGAACAGAUUCUAGAAAAUGAAAUCGAACUCUGUUGUGCUGUUAAUAAGAAUGAGAUGGCAUCAUCUCAAAACAUACAGUUGAAAGAGCUUGACUUGGAAAUAAUUGACAGUGUGUGCACGUCACUGUCACAGAACUGCGUGUUACACAGUGCAAGAGAUUUCUUCAAGCAAGCAUCAAGAUCACAGCUGCUUGACAAGAUGGGAUUUUUGAAUGCCUGCUUGGUGCACAAGACAAAACUUCCCCAUUCUGACAGAGAAAAGUCAUGGGGAAACUUCCAUAAGGCAAACAUUCAAAACAUGGGAGCAUUGAACAGCGUGACAGGAUCUCCAAUGAUAUCAUCGUGGUUAACUUUACGAUGCUUUGAAUGUUUACUUAACUGUUGUGUACUGAAUGUGACGAUAAAAUUGUGUUUGCCCAUCAGGUAGGGCAGCAUAUUCUUGCAGUGAACUUUCAGUUACCCCAGUGCAAAUCGACAUGACCUGCAGCUCCUGCAGAAAUGUACUUAGCCUUUUUGACUCCAGGUCUGUCGUCAAGCGUGGAGCAGGCACCCCAAGAACCUGAAAACAUUAUCUAAAUGUUCAGUUUUUUUUUUUUCAAAUUGCCCAAACUAUUCCUAUAAAGUAUUAGUUGUACAUAAAAAAUAACAAAUAUACAACAAAAAUAAAUAUGUUAUCUGAUCAAAAUAUAAUCCAGUCAAUAAUAAUUAUGAUAAAACUAAAUAUUAAUUUUAGGUAGAUAAUGUCUGCCUCUUUUGAAGUGAUAGAUCAGAGGCAAUAACUUUUGUUACCUCAUAAUAGCAGAAUUUUUUUUCUUUAGUAACCUUUACAUUGUGAAGAAUUUCUAUCAAUUAAAAGAUUAACAAAACAAAUUUAAACCAUGUCCAUCUACAAUACAUGUUUUAUAAAAGAAAUGACGGAGGUAAAAAUGUGUUUCAACAACAGCUUACCUUCACAUAAGCUUGUGUGUUGUUUUCGGCUCUCAACUCGACAAUAAUUUUCCAUACAUAUUCGGUCUCUGAUGAAACCCCAAUCUGAACAUUUGCUGGAGUGUUUACUUUGAUUAUCCAUGGUGCUUGAAUUUUAUUUAAAUCUUUCUUGAUGUCUUCAAAGUUUUUGUAGAACACACGUUCUGGCAAUGGAGGUUGUUCUCGUUCAGUCUGUAAAAGAAGACAGCUGCAGUUACAUUCAGCGAUAAAAUUUAUUUUAAUAUUUUUUAAAUCACCUUUAUCUUUUCAUUGCUCUCCUAUAAAUAAAGAGGUAGUACCUGGCCUUUUAUUUUAAUCUCACUUU